AUGCCAAGCAAAGGGAAACUUAAUUUGCUCAAUACACUCACACAGAAUGUCCAUCUUAGCCUUUCCCAUACACACACAUGCCGUUGGUGUCUUGUAACAUUCAUCAGCCUUACAGUUUUGACAGUUAUAGUUAUUUCAGCCCAUUUAGUUCUUCACUCCUCGUUAUUUCUUUCCUUAAUUUGCCUCUUAGAGACACUUCUCAUUCUUCAAUCAUCCUACAUCCCCAGCCGAUCUCAAUAUUCUUAUUAUCCAAAUAAACCGAGUAAUUAUUUUGCUUUACAACGAUUCGUUCUUAAAAUUUAUGGAGUUUCUUUUGACGGUUACGAUAAUUAUUGGUAUAAAAUGUAUGCAUAUUUGUGGUUAACUACGGUUUUUAUUACUUAUACAAUCGUUGAUUUACACGAAGUUUGUAAAUAUUUUGAUAAUUUGGAUGUUUUGACGUAUCUUUAUUAUUUAACAGUCGUUGUUGUAAUUACCAUAGGAAGUACGGGAACGAUGAUUAAACAUAUUUAUUUAAACCACACAGAAAUGCCGUUUAUACCGUUUUCUUGGUUCGAUACAUCUUCAAGUCCUUAUUACGAAAUCGUUUGGUUAUAUCAAAGUUGUUGGAGAAUGAGUUUUGCUUUAUUGGUUUGUUCUUGUGAUGCAUUAAUCAUCGGGAUUUUGUCCCAUAUAAGUAAUCAGUUUAAAAUGUUACAAAAUGCUGCUAAAUGUAUGAUUCAAAAUGCUUAUGAAGAAGCGAAAAAUAAAAAAUAUAUAAAAAAGGAAUUUGAAAUAAACGAAAUUCCUUUGAAUAUUCUCGAAAAACAUCUCGAAGAAAUUAUUUAUUAUCAUAACUCAAUAAUUGAGUUAGCUAAUCAAUUUGAGGAGCUUUUUAGUUUAUUGCUUUUAGGACUCUUUCUUGCUACUUUAUUUAUUUUAUGUUUUAUUAUGUACCAUGCCUCUUUGUUCGAUUUAUUAAGUAUGAGAUCAACACAAGAUUUAACUUACGUAUCGGUGAUAACCCUACAAAUUUUCCUGUAUUGUUUUUGGGGUAACGAAGUUCGAAUUGAAAGUGAACUCGUUUCGGAUGCUUUUUGGGAAAUGAAUUUUACCGGAACCGACGUACGAUUUCAAAAAAAAUUAAUUUUCAUUCUUCGUAGAAGUCAAAAACCGAUCGUUAUAACAGCUGGAAAAUUUACAGAUUUAUCUUUAAAAACAUACGCUUGGGUUAUAAGAGCAUCAUAUUCGUAUUAUAUGGUUCUUGGAAGUCGGAAAAAUCAUUAAUAAUCCAAUUUAAUUUUAAUUUUGAUAUUGCCCGC